AGCUCCGGGUGGAAAGCCUGCCCCGACUGUAGCGCGCGCCUCCCUGAAUUUCGCCUUGCCUCUCGGCAGGCAGGCCCUCGGCGAUCGGCGCGGAGGGGCCACCACUGAGAGCCCAGUCCCAGCCUGGCCACCACGGAGCCCUGCUGCCAAAAAAUUCCUGCUGCUAACCUCUGACCUCUCCUCAGCACAGGACAAGGAUGGAGAUACCUUUUGGCUCCCACCUCUAUGGCUGUUUGGCUAUGCUUGUCUUCCUGCCCUCCCUGAGCCUAGCACAGUAUGAGAGCUGGCCCUACCAGUACCCUGAGUACUUCCAGCAGCCAGCUCCCGAGCACCAUCAGCGCCAGGUGCCCUCCGAUGUGGUCAAGAUCCAGGUCCGCCUGGCGGGCCAGAAGAGGAAGCACAAUGAAGGCCGUGUGGAGGUCUAUUAUGAAGGCCAGUGGGGCACCGUGUGUGAUGACGAUUUCUCCAUCCAUGCUGCCCAUGUCGUCUGCCGGGAAGUGGGUUAUGUGGAAGCCAAGUCUUGGACCCCCAGCUCCUCCUAUGGCCCAGGGGAAGGGCCCAUCUGGUUGGACAAUGUCUACUGCACUGGCAAAGAGGCAACCCUGGCAGCCUGCUCCUCCAAUGGCUGGGGUGUCACCGACUGCAAGCACACAGAAGAUGUUGGCGUGGUGUGCAGUGAAAAGAGGAUUCCUGGGUUCAAAUUUGACAACUCAUUGAUCAACCAAAUAGAGAACCUAAAUAUACAGGUGGAAGACAUCCGGAUUCGGCCCAUCCUUUCUGCCUUCCGCCACCGCAAGCCUGUGACCGAGGGCUACGUGGAGGUGAAAGAGGGCAAGACCUGGAAGCAGAUCUGUAACAAGCACUGGACGGCCAAGAAUUCCCACGUGGUCUGUGGCAUGUUCGGCUUCCCUGCAGAGAAGACCUACAACCCCAAAGCCUACAAAACCUUUGCAUCCAAGAGGAAGUUGCGCUACUGGAGGUUUUCUAUGAACUGCACGGGCACUGAAGCUCACAUCUCCAGCUGCAAGCUGGGCCCUGCAGUGUCCCGGGACCCUGUGAAGAAUGCCAGCUGUGAGAAUGGGCAGCCAGCUGUGGUCAGCUGUGUGCCCAGCCAGAUCUUCAGCCCAGAUGGACCCUCAAGGUUCCGGAAAGCCUACAAGCCAGAGCAACCCUUAGUGCGGCUGAGAGGUGGUGCCCAGGUUGGAGAGGGCCGAGUGGAGGUGCUCAAGAACGGAGAAUGGGGAACUGUCUGCGAUGACAAGUGGGACCUGGUAUCUGCCAGUGUGGUCUGCAGAGAGCUUGGCUUCGGGACUGCUAAAGAGGCUGUCACAGGCUCCAGGCUGGGGCAAGGGAUUGGACCCAUCCACCUCAAUGAGGUCCAGUGCACAGGGAGCGAGAAGUCCAUCAUAGACUGCAAACUUAACACAGAAUCCCAAGGCUGCAACCAUGAGGAAGAUGCUGGUGUGCGAUGCAACAUCCCCACCAUGGGCUUCCAGAAAAAGGUGCGCCUGAAUGGAGGCCGCAAUCCCUAUGAGGGCCGAGUAGAGGUACUAACAGAAAGAAAUGGGUCCCUUGUGUGGGGAACUGUAUGCGGCCAGAACUGGGGCAUUGUGGAGGCCAUGGUGGUCUGUCGGCAGCUAGGCCUGGGCUUCGCCAGCAAUGCUUUCCAGGAAACCUGGUACUGGCACGGAAAUAUCUUCGCCAACAACGUGGUCAUGAGUGGAGUGAAGUGCUCAGGAACAGAAUUAUCCCUGGCACACUGCCGCCAGGAUGAGGAGGUGGCCUGCCCCGAGGGUGGGGUGAGGUUCGGCGCUGGAGUCGCCUGCUCAGAAACUGCACCUGACCUGGUGCUCAACGCUGAGAUUGUACAACAGACCGCCUACCUGGAGGACAGGCCCAUGUCCUUGCUGCAGUGUGCCAUGGAGGAGAACUGCCUCUCAGCCUCCGCAGUCCACACCAACCCCGUCACAGGCUACCGCCGACUUCUGCGCUUUUCCUCUCAGAUCCACAACAACGGCCAGUCUGACUUCCGGCCCAAGAAUGGCCGCCAUGCGUGGAUUUGGCAUGACUGCCACAGGCACUACCACAGCAUGGAAGUGUUCACUUACUAUGAUCUGCUGAGCCUCAACGGCACCAAGGUGGCUGAGGGCCACAAGGCCAGCUUCUGCUUGGAGGACACUGAGUGUGAGGGAGACAUUCAGAAAAGCUACGAGUGUGCUAACUUCGGAGAACAAGGCAUUACCAUGGGAUGCUGGGACAUGUACCGUCAUGACAUAGAUUGCCAGUGGAUAGACAUCACUGAUGUGCCCCCUGGAGACUACCUGUUCCAGGUUGUCAUUAACCCUAACUAUGAGGUGCCAGAAUCAGAUUUCUCCAACAAUAUCAUGAAGUGCAGGAGCCGCUACGAUGGCUACCGCAUCUGGAUGUACAACUGUCACGUAGGUGGAGCCUUCAGUGAGGAGACAGAACAGAAGUUCGAACACUUCAGUGGCCUUCUAAAUAAUCAGCUCUCUGUGCAGUGAAGACGCCCCUGGGCCAGGCAUGAUGGCUCAUGCCUAUAAUCCCUGCACUCAGGCUGAGGAGGAGGAUCGCCAUGAGAUUUCCACUCUGGACAUUAGACCAAGCUUCUGUUUCAAAAAGAAAGAAAAAAGAGGAAAAAAAAAAAGAAGAAGAAGAAGAAAAGAAAAAUGACUUAAUGGUCACCUACUGACUUCAGGUGACAGUGUCUCCUGGGGGACAUACCAAUUGCCACCUCACUGCUAGCCAGAUCCAGCUGAGAAGAGCGGUGCUCCUUCAUUCACUGGGCACUGCUUCCUUGUCCCUGUCUUGAGGCCUCAGGGGCAAGGGUUCUGGCACCAGGCUAUGGGAAGUGGAUAGCAAGCUAUGAGCAGCGUAUCCCAUCCAAGCGUUGGCAUCGCCUAAGUGUGACAUCACCAUGCUCUGCAUAAAUGGGCCAUUUUCUUCUGGAGAUGUGGCACACGUGUGAACUUAGCAACUGCAGAGGUGGUCAAGCAAAAUUCCAUUUCCCCCUUCUUAGGUCAUUUCUGGAAAACUUGAAUUAUCGGGACCUCUGUACUAAGUGUAUUUUUCCCUCAUUGUACAAACACACUUCUUGACAGAAUCAACUUGGAGAAGGAAGGCUUUUUGGGGUUUGUGGUUUGAGGGCCCAGUCUGUCGUGCGUGGCAAAGAUGGCACUGCAACAGGAGCAUGAGGCGUCUGGUUUCAAACCCACUAAAGAGCCUAGGAUGACCUUGACCUUGUGAUCCUCCCACUUCCACUGCCAGAGUGCUGGAGAUCAAACCCAGGACUUCACGUGCGUGUGUAAGGCAACACACCCUUUAACAGUUAGAGCUGCUUUCUCAGUACUUGGCUUUCUCAGCUGCUUUAAACUUGUACAUGUUCUUUUCCUUACUGAGCCACGCUUUUCUGUAUCUUUCUGCUCCCGUUACUCAUUUUCCCUGUGGGCCUGAAGAAGAGCAGUGAGUGGAACCGUACCACAGGCUUGAUUGCUACCCUGUCUUAAAAUGUCCUCCGCCAAACA